AUGCAUCACAGCCCUACUGAUCAGCUCUUGGCUGAUCAGGAACUUGAUGCUACUAAUAUGUAUAGAGUUAAGCAUAAAGCUUAUCUGGAAUAUUUGAAGCAAAAAGCUAAAGUUGACUGGAUUAAGGCUGGAGAUGAGAAUACAACUAUUUUUCACCAGAGUAUUAAAAGUAGAAAUGUUCAAAAUCAAGUAUACAGUAUUCAUGACAUGAAUGGAGUGUGGAAAGAUGAUCCUGUAGCAGUGUCUGAAGCUUCUGUUUCUUACUAUAAAACUCUCCUUGGUACCACUCAUGCUCAUAGGAAAUCUGUUAUUCAACAGAUUGUGCAUAUUGGUCCUGUUUGCUCUUCUGAUCACAAGGCAUUCUUAAAUGCCCCUUACACUGUUGAUGAAAUAAAAGAAGCUUUGUUCUCUAUUAAAGGUAAUAAGGCACAUGAACCUGAUGGUUUUGGUUCUCCUUUCUAUAGAGAUGCUUGGCAGAUUGUGGGUUCUGAUAUCAUUGCUGCUGUCUUGGAUGUGUUGCAAUCUGGUAAACUCUUAAAGGAGGUUAAUCACACUGUCAUUACUCUCAUUCCUAAAACCAAGUGUCCAAGGAAUAGCAACUUUUCCGAAUUUGAUGGACUAGAUUUUCAAUUUUACCAUGACAAAGAUCGUAAAGACUUGGAUGAUGGCUUCUUUUCUAUGAAACCCCCUGAUAUACAACAACAACAAAAAGAACAACAGGUGGUGGAAGGGGAGGCAAGUACCAGUACUCCACUCAACGCGUUUGACUUGAUCACUUUCACUUCAGGACUUGACUUGACAUGGUUGUUCAACCAAAAUUACAACCCUUCGAGGACAGUGAGAAGUUCUUAUCAGCUUUGUCAGAGGAUGAGAUCAUUGCCACCAUCGAGGAAGUUGCACCCGAACUGA